AUGAAUACCACAGAAAGAGAACUCCAGCCUGGCUUCAGGAGGAGCCGUAUGACAUCCGUAAAAGGUCCCAGAACUAGAAGUGUUGUAACAUUUAAUCCAACAACUAUUAGCCCAGGUGAAGAGCUGUACAUUAACAUCCCCAAAUUAAAGCCUGACUCUUGUUUAGUCCCAGGAUCGUUUGCACUAUUAUUUGACUUCAAAAAUUCUAGUACAAAAAGCCGUUUCAAUAACAACCUAGCUAAGUUGAUAGCUAAACGUCUUCAGAUCAAAGUAGCAGGUGAAACAGCUUAUGACUGUUCAGGAGAGAGUUUGUACGAAAUAUACAAAGAUCUAUGGCUAACACUAGGCGACAGAAAGAAGAUGACUGAAUGA